GACGUCUUGACGCUGAUAUUUUAUCUGGUAUACUGCUCGAGUAGGUGCGUGGGUGACCCGGGCAUCCAGGAAAACAAAAUGAAUGGUGCCUUCGGCCCAGGGCUAGGUGAUGCGCCACCACGCCAAUCGGGCGCUGCCACUGGCGACUGCUCGGGUCCUCCUAUGAUGUGCAUACCACGUGACAUCAAAAAACCCGUAACAAAAAGCGCUGAUUGGCCAGGGAUCCGUGCGGGGACCGUCGCAGUCAGUGAGCACCGGGGCAGUCGCAGGCUUAGGGCCGAACUCUGGACGGCCGCGGACACAAGACAUUCUUCUGCCCCCGCCCGCCUCGGUUGCUGCAUUGCGGCCUUCCUCCUCUCCUCCCUAUAUUAAAUCACGGAUACGACCUCCCUGAUUCCUCGUCCCCUUUCCGACACUCGAGCACGCCAAAAGUGCCAGAUCCGACAAUUCUUCUGACGAGAGCGAGAUCCAGCGAGAGGAUCCACGACCAUCACCACUAUGAGGGGCCAUUCGAUCCACAGACGAGACGACGCCGUCAACUGCGGCAGCGGCGGCGGCGCCGAAACCUACACUGGACUCAGGAUAGGAUCGAUAUUCAUCAUCAUGGCGACCUCCAUGUGCGCCGCACUCUUCCCGGUACUCGCACGGAGAAUGAGGUGGUUACGAAUGUGCGUACCGGACAUGGCGUUCCAGAUUGCGAAGUACUUUGGUAGUGGCGUCAUCAUCGCAACAGCCUUCAUCCACUUGCUAGAUCCAGCUAUGGACGAGCUCGGGUCGGAGUGUCUCUCGGCUGCGUGGCAAGAAUACCCGUACGCACUGGCGAUAUGCCUUGGCAGCAUAUUUAUGAUCUUUAUCAUAGAGAUCGCCGCCUUCCGCUGGGGUACUGCUGUGCUUUCCAAGGCUGGCUUUGCAUACGACGCACACGGUCACGGCCUCGCCACCGGCGCAAACGCCGCACAUGGACCCGAACAUCGGACCGCCACCGAAACUACGAGCGAAAAGGACACCAUCAACGAAGUUGGCGCGGGCGAUAUCGAGGCGUUCCCGAAGAAGCAUCUGGAACAACACGAACAUGCCCACGCCCAUGCCGUUGGGAACUUUUCCGAUUCAGCGAUCGCUCAGAUUAUCGGCGUGGCGAUCCUCGAGUUCGGUGUGUUGCUGCAUAGUAUAUUCGUCGGGCUCACGCUCGCGGUGAACGAAGAGUUCAAGAUCCUCUUCGUUGUCAUCGUCUUUCACCAAACAUUCGAAGGUCUUGGUGUCGGCUCUCGACUAGCAUACAUGGAGCUCCCACAGAAAUACGCGUACUUCCCCGUGCUUGGUGGGGUCCUUUAUGGGCUGACGACGCCCGUUGGGAUCGCGGCCGGCCUUGGCGUGCGUUCGUCGUACAAUCCAGAUGGGACGACGGCGAGCAUCGUCAGCGGUAUAUUGGACGCGUUCAGCGCGGGAAUCCUCAUCUACACGGGGCUAGUCGAGCUGAUGGCGCAUGAGUUCAUUUUUAACAAGGAAAUGAUGGAUAGUUCGAACCGACACCUUGUCUUCGCGAUUGGGUGCAUGAUGCUCGGCGCGGGCCUGAUGGCGCUUCUCGGCAAGUGGGCAUAAUACUUGUCGUCGGCGCUCUCCUUCGUCUCGCUGGCGCAUUGCCGUCGCUCUUCGCCCGUGCUUGGAUGCGUUCAGAGAGCAUCCCAGUCAUUCGUCCAGGAUAGGAUAGGACCGGAGAUCAUCUUGGGCACCCCGCCUCCUCGCUUCGUCGUUCAGCCGUUCACCGUUUAUACUUAACGCAUUUACGCCGCACUCACGCACUGCACCGGCAACCUAGCCUUUUUACACGCAUCUAUCGUUAUCGUCAUGAUAUCGCAGGUUCUCUUACUGUGUUACUAUCGUCUCCUGUUUCUUCGAUUUAAUACGUCAUCCUGUGUUGCGCUACAUCUGUACGUCGUGUCUGUAAGGAUGCCAUUAUAGGAUAUGGGGAUGUCUCGCACCAUCAUCCAUGUCACUGUCGCUAGAAAAUGCACACCAUGUUUCUCGUCG